UUUGUGAUUCUGCUGCGAGCAGAUUAUGGAGCUACUAUCUUCUAUGUCUUGAUUAUCCUCACUGAUCUGGCCGUGCCAGCCCACGUCCGCUUCGAAAGCCAAGCUCUUUCGCAUUAGUGGAGCAGUUUCAACGCACGCCGGUGGCAUCUGCCAUGGCGACGCCGGGAGUCUUGCAGUCUCUCGAUGGAUCCACAGACGGCGCCGUGCCUGCAGAAGAAUCCGAGGCUAGACGAAUACACAGGCGGCGGAGCCAUCUGAAAUCGAGACGGGGCUGCACUGCCUGCAGGAGGCGGAGAGUAAAGUGUGACGAAGAGCGUCCGCGAUGCGGCAACUGCCAGCGCAGGGAGGAAGACUGCAGCCUCGAGAAUCUGAUCCCGGCAUCGAGGACCAAAAUACUGCGGCCCCAAGAACCAUCCCUGGCCGCUGGUCCCCAGCACAGACUUCAUUCGCAUGUGAACAUGCUGCAGAUGAAGCUGCUGCACCAUUUCAACACCGUGACAGCUGAGACGCUUGUGUUCGGCGUAUCUAUCUGGCGUGGCCAUGUCAUGGCUUUAGCACUGAAACAUGAGUUUCUUAUGCACGCUGUGCUCCUUAUUGCGGCCAAACAUCUGUGCUUUCUCAGCCCUGGUGAUCCCUUAUAUCGGUCAUCUUCAAUCCUGCACCUCUCCGAAACGCUGCACCUCUUCCGACAUGCUCUGACACACCAGGUCACGGCCUCGAAUGUCGACGCCUUGAUCGCAACAUCGACACUCCUGGUGCACUAUGCCUGGGCGACAGAUGAGGGCGUGAUCCAAGCGCAAGACACUUCCAGGGCAGCGAUCUCUGAUUUGAGGUUGAACCUGAACAUGGAUCCACUGUUCUCUUUAUCCCAGGGCCUGCGAACGCUGUUUAUGAAGGCCAACCAUUUCAUCGAAAGGGGGGAAAGCAUAUUUGCGACCUCAGCCCGGUAUCGCCCUCGCGAGUCACUCGAGCAAGCCACCAUUGGGCACCCCAAGCCGUCACAGGACUUGGAGAUUCUCAUUUCCGAGGCGUACUGCAAACACCGCGCAACAUCGGGAAGGCCAGUCGUUGUUUAUCCAAAGUCCCUCUUCCCGGGCUCGGUGGAGCGAUUCUUUCUUGAUCUCCGGACAGGCCACGAGGAGGCCCUCCCAAGACAGGAGGGCUCAGGUGAUGAUGGUGGUGGUGAUGAUGCUGAAGAGGAUCUUGAAUUGAUCGGCUUCCUCGAUGCGACCUCGCGAUUGGUGCUUAUCUUGGGCCUCUUUGGCCAGCAAUCAUCCUCCACUGGCACGCGAUUUCCGAUAGAGGCUGACCUGGCGCCCAAUCCGACACAGGUCUCCAAUGCAGUCGACGGAACUGGAGGUCGUCAUUUCCCGCCGCUCUCGGACCUCGCACGUUAUAUCUUUGCCUUUCCGACACGCUCCACCGAUACCUUCAUCCGACUUGUCCAGCACCACCAUCCACAUGCCCUUCUCGUCUUGUCCCUGUUCUACCGCGCCGUCUCAAUACUCCUUCCGCAGCAACAAUGCUGGUGGAGCCAAAGGCGGGCUCGGGUCGUCGGAUCGGCCAUUGAAUGCGCAUUGCGAGCACAGGGUGAUGCGCAUUUGGAUGCGAUCUUGCAGGAGGGUAGGAAGGUACUUGAUGGUGGCACUGCAGGAAUUUCGAGUUGUCAGAAUACCGAACACAACCCGCAGGACCUCUUGAGAGUGGACACGUGGGAUGCAACGUGGAAGCGAACUCGAUGUGUCUUGGAAAGGUUCGGCUGGAGGAAAGGACGUUGGUAUUCUGAAGAGCUAGCUCUAUCUUCGCGGAGCACGUAACCGCUGUACCGCCCUUGUUACGUUUUCACUUGAACGAUGAGAGUUUCUGUAUCAUGUGCUGCUGUGC